AUGGAGCAGAUUAAUCAAGCGAUUUUGCUCUCUCAGGACCUGUUUCUGCCCCUGUCCUUCCUCCUGUCCUCUCCCGACCCCUAUGUGAAGGUGUGGCUGAUGCACAAGGACAAGCGCGUGGAGAAGAAGAAGACAGUGGUGAUGAAGCGCUGUCUCAAUCCCAUCUUCAACGAGUCCUUCCCCUUCGACGUGCCGACCGAGCGCCUGCGGGAGACCACCAUCAUCAUCACCGUCAUGGACAAGGACCGCCUCAGCCGCAACGACGUCAUCGGCAAGAUCUACCUGUCCUGGAAGAGUGGCCCGGCUGAGGUCAAGCACUGGAAGGACAUGAUCGCUCGCCCGCGGCAGGCUGUGGCCCAGUGGCACCAGCUCAAGGCCUGAGCCGGCUGCCCCAGCGGUCCUCCCCCAGCCCCUCCACUCCUUAUGCACAAGACUGACUCGCUGCCAGGCUGCGAGACACGGGUACAAGUAGCCAUUGACGAGACUCUAUCUCCGUCCCACUGUCUCUCUCCUCUCUCUCUGUCCCACUGUCUCUCUGCUUUCUCUGCCUGCUGCUCUGCCAAUCUGUCUGUCUCGACCUGUCUCUCCUGUCCCCCGCCCUGUCUGUCACUCUGACCCCUGUCUGUCUCUCU